AUGACAUUUCGAAAUAAGGGUCAGGGGCACGAAAGUUUUCUCAACAAAAGCGCAAUUGAUGAUCUGACAGACAUUUAUAAUGCGGCCUACCAAAACAUCACCGAAGCUGUAAGGCGUAUUAAAAAAGUAGCAAAACUAGCAGAGAGACAAGCGUCCCAAAUGCUCCUACAGAGCAUACUUUCGUUGAAGACUCAACCACAAGAAAGUGGGUCAAUACCGUGCAAUACUCUCCCUAUAGCGGAAAACCGACUAUUUUAUGGUCGUCAUGAUAUCCUAUGCCAGGUAGAAGAUUAUCUUAGGCCAGCAGACACAAGUACUCGCCUUUCUUCCGUGGCACUAUAUGGUCUUGGUGGCAUCGGCAAAACACAAAUUGCACUUGCCUAUGCCUAUCAAAGACUGGAUGAUCUCGACGCAGUAUUCUGGAUAUCUGCCGAAAACACAUAUACCAUCCAACAAGACUUUAGUCGCAUUGCCAUCGACGCUCUUAAACUUCCGAGGGCCGUACCCCAAGCAAACCAGCAAAAUAUGAUACUGGUACUAGACUGGUUACAGAACACAUCUGCUAAAUGGCUUCUCAUAUUCGAUAAUGUCGACGACCAUAGCGUCCUCGAGAAUUGCUGGCCUGCUUCCAAACAUGGUGCCGUUCUAGUGACUACCAGAGAUGUUCUUGUUGCUUCUCUUCCUAUUGACACUGGGCUUGAAGUGAACGAAUUUAGUUAUGAAGAAGGUUCUGAGUUUUUACUUCACAUGGCACUCGGCAGGCAACGUGUUGAUGGGGAGCUAGAAGCAGCACGACUUGUCGCGGAGGUAUUAGGUGGCUUGCCACUUGCUCUCAACCAAAUGGCUGCUUUUAUAAACGCAAGGAGCUUGUCAAUCUCUGAAUUCUAUCUCGCGUACAUCAAGUAUGACUAUCGCUUACAUACACAGAAGAAGAACGGCUAUAAGUAUUUGCGCUACCCACACGCCUUAGAUACGGUAUGGGAAAUUUCCUUCGCAACUCUAGGAAAUCAAGCUCGCGCUUGUCUUGGCAUUUUGAGUUUCCUCGCUGCCGACGAUGUUCCCGCAGAUAUUUUCAAGGCUGCACAACCCGAUAGAUUGCCGGAAAUAUUGUCCUUUUGCACAGAUGAUUUAUGGUCUAAGACUUGGUACCAAUGGCUCUUGCAUCCGCGUCGUCAUAUAGAAUCGACGCGUGAAUUAGACCCUGCGAGCGAAGCUCCGGCGGCGGGUAAUUCUCGAUUCGCUAUGAUGCCGUUUCUCAAGAGCCUCCCGCGGCGGCGACGAUUCCUCAUCGUCAUACCCUUGGUCGCGUUACUAGUCUGGGCCUUACUCCCUACUACCAGGUUGAAUUCUCCGAAUACAUUCUUGCGCACUUUCAGGGGCUCAUUGGGGAAAUCUAGCGAUGACAUUUUACGAUACGUAGACCCCCUCAUCGGCACCGUCAACGGAGGUCAUGUCUUCCCUGGCGCAACCCUGCCGUAUGGCAUGGCAAAGGCCGUAGCGGACUCGAGUGAUCGCGGAGAAAUCGCCGCAGGAUUUGUCUCGGACGACUCCGACAUCCAAGGCUUCUCUCACUUGCACGAUUCAGGUACUGGAGGGAGCCCUUCAUUGGGAAAUUUCCCUCUAUUCGUGCAUCCAGGAUGUCCCGAGGAUGACUUCGCUCAGUGUAAAUAUACAUAUAUUGGUAGAGGCGUCCCGAGGAUCGAUGGGUCCGCUACGGCACGCCCGGGGUACUUCGCUAUUGGCCUCAAUAACUCGGUCCACGCGGAGAUGACGGCGACCCAACACGCCACGCUCUACAGAUUUAGCCUCCCCAAAACUCCAGAGGUAGUGUCACAUAAGGUCAUGGUACCUACCAAUCCUCUAGUUCUGCUGGAUUUAAUGGAUCUUGGUAACUCCCGAACCGGAGGUGACAUCCAAGUAAAUCCAGAAACGGGAAGAAUAACAGGAAAUGGGUCGUUUAGCCCGUCGUUUGGCAGCGGAGCGUACACCGCACAUGUCUGUGCGGAUUUCCGAGGCGCCGAUAUCCGCAAGACGGGCAUUUUCCUACAAACUAACGUGACCGAUGAAGUUCAAGCUAUGGGUCAUUUGGGAAGUAAUUUUUACAUCCCUUCCGGCUCGGCAGGUGCUUGGAUACAUUUCGCGCACUCGGACCAGAUCAUGGCCCGGGUGGGACUGUCAUUUAUAUCCGUGGAACAAGCCUGCCACAACGCAGAGGUCGAAAUUCCAGACUUCGGCUUUGAGGACGUGGUGAAGGCUGCUGAGAAUGCCUGGAAGGAAAAGUUAUCCGUGAUCAAACCUGAUUCCUCGGGUAUGAGCCACGAAUUUCUUACUACAUUUUGGUCGGGGCUCUACCGCGCACUGAUCUCGCCUCAAGAUUACACGGGCGAAAACCAGCUCUGGAAAUCUGACGAGCCGUAUUAUGACUCUUUUUAUUGCAUAUGGGAUUCAUUUCGCGCACAACACCCACUCCUUACCAUAAUUGACCCCACGAUCCAAACGAAAAUGGUGAGAUCGCUGAUUGACACGUAUAAGCACGAAGGAAAGCUGCCAGAUUGUCGCAUGAGUUUUAGCAAAGGUUAUACACAGGGAGGCUCAAACGCCGACGUGGUUCUCGCAGAUGCCUUUAUUAAAAACCUCACACAAGGUAUCGACUGGAAUCUUGGCUACGAGGCCGUCGUCUCCGAUGCGGAGGUGGAGCCGAAAGACUGGUCUACAACUGGUCGCGGCAGUCUCGUGAGCUGGCACACGCUGGGCUACGUACCAUACGAUGACCACGACAAAAAUGGGACGGGGCCCAUGAGUCGAGGCAUUUCACGAACGGUUGAAUACGCGUAUGACGACUUCGUGAUCGCGUUAAUGGCACGGGGGCUCGGCCAUAAGAACGACGAGACCAAAUAUCUGCAGCGCAGUCGGAACUGGAAGAAUCUAUUCAACCCGGAGCAGGAGGACCGGCAUCGUGACGAAGCCGGGAAUGUGCAAAUGUCGCCAUUUAAGGGUUUUUUACAACCACGGUUCCGGAAUGGUACCUGGCGAUAUCAAAACACGCGACUUUGCAGUCCCAUAUAUCAACAGCAUAGUUGUUAUUUUGACACGCAGUACGAAACAUACGAAGGGAGCCCGUGGCUGUACACAUUUUACGUACCACAAGACAUGGCCGCGCUUAUAGAGGCGUUAGGAGGGCAUGAGACUUUCAUCGAUCGACUCGAUUAUUUCCACUCGUCGGGUAUCAAUUACAUGGGAAACGAGCCCAACUUUCUAACGACGUUUCAAUUCCAUUACGGCGGACGGCCCGGUCGCAGCAAUUACUGGCUGCACCAGUACAUCCCAGGGCAGUUCAACAAUAGCAUCAACGGGAUCCCCGGGAACGACGACUGUGCCAUGGGAGCCUUUACGGCGUUCGCGUUCAUGGGAUUCUAUCCAGUAGCUGGCCAGAACGUGUAUCUGCUUACAGCACCCAUGUUCCGGCAGGUCAGUAUCCAAACACCAUCGGGGAAACCGGCGAUACUGCGAAACGUCGGCGGAUUCGACGCUCCGCAAUAUCGCAAUAUCUACAUUCAAAGUGCUAGGUUAGACGGGAAGCCAUAUACCCGAAAUUGGAUCACGCAUGAUUUCUUCGUGAAUGGAGGCACGCUGGAGUUCGUAUUGGGAUCCACAGAGAGCGAUUGGGGAACGAAAGAAGAGGAUCUGCCGCCUAGUUUAUCGACGGGGAUGUUGGACUGA